GGCAACGGCUGCAAGUUGUUUGAAUCAGUAUCAAUUCGGAUCUCGUUCAAUACGAAGCAAUAGUUUAGUGUCAUAGUUUCCUCCAACAGCUCAACAAUGCGCAUGUUUGUUUUUCCUUGUCUCGCCUUGUGCGUGGCAAUGGUCAGCUGUGCCGAAGAAGCUGCCGCUGCCGCCAAAGAUAAGGCUGCUGCCUCUGACGAUAAGACCAUAGAAAAACGUGGCUUACAUUUGGGAGAUUAUGGCCAUCAUCAUCAUGAACACAUCAAGACGGUUACCAUUGAGAAAAAGGUUCCUGUGCCCUACACCGUGGUCAAGCAUAUACCCUACACUGUGGAAAAGAAGGUCCCCUAUGAGGUUAAGGUACCAGUGCCAGAGCCCUAUAUUGUCGAAAAGAAGGUUCCUGUGCAUGUCAAGGAAUACGUCAAGGUACCUGUACAUGUGCCCAAACCUUAUACCGUAGAAAAGAAGGUACCCUAUGAGGUCAAAUAUCCUGUGGAUAAGCCUUAUGAGGUUAAAGUACAUGUACCUCAACCCUACGAAGUCAUCAAGAAAAUCCCCUAUGAAGUUAAGGUUCCUGUGCCACAGCCCUAUGAGGUUAUCAAGAAAGUCCCAUAUGAGGUGAAAGUAGAGGUGCCUGUGCCCAAACCCUAUGAAGUCAUCAAGAAGGUUCCCUAUGAAGUGAAGGUACCCGUCGAGAAACCCUACCCCGUCGAAGUGCCCAAGCCAUACCCCGUGGAAGUUGAAAAACCCUACGAAGUCAUUGUGGAAAAGAAGGUGCCAUAUGAAGUGAAAGUGCCCGUGGACAAGCCCUACAAGGUUGAGGUUGAAAAGCCCUACCCGGUGCAUGUCAAGGUACCAGUGCCCCAGCCCUACACUGUGGAGAAAAAGGUACCCUACACCGUAGAGAAGCCAGUGCCCUAUGAAGUCAAGGUUCCCAUUGAGAAACCCUAUCCAGUCUACUCUGAGGUUAAGGUUCCAUUACACAAGGAAAUCCCCAUACCCGAGAAAUACCAUGUAGAGGCUCCCAUCUUUGAGCAUCACGACCAUCACGGAGGUGGUCAUGGCGGCUACUCCCACUAUUCUCAUCAUCACUAAAAGACAGAAUUCGACAGAAAAAUCUCAAUUGCUUUAUAACGUUAAGACUAACAAGACCAUCAUCAACAUCAUCACCAUCAUCAUCAUCGAUAGAACUGCAGCGAUUAAUCCUUACCCUGCCAAGCCACAAUUAUCGUCAAGAAAUUCGAAAAAUAGCGCACAGAACGCGAUUACAAGCGAAAAACAACACUAAAUUAUUUGCCCAAUACCAUCCACAUUGCAAAUACCAUAAGACGCACGCACCGUUGAGCUGGACGGACAACUAAGAGAGGAGAAACGAAGACCAGAGAAAUUUUGAGCAAAACUAACUAUUGAACCUUUGUCGGCAAGAACUAACGACAAGGAUUGAACUGUUUCAUCCAAACGUGAUCGGGAUUUUGCGGCCAAACAAAAUUGGCUGCAUCCAUCCCCCCCCCAUAAAUACCAACCUAGAAUAAGCCAAAUGUAUUAUUUCCUUAUUUAAUACUCAUGUUGACAUUGUAGUUUCUAAGCAAAAAUAUUUCCUUCCAUUCCAAAAUAUAUGAAUAAGUUAGAAU